GGUUGUGUGGCGGUGAAAACUGGAACACUUAGCAAGUCGAAACAAUUUCGCAUUUAUUUAACAAUUUGUUGUUUUAGCCGUUUUAGAAUAUAGAAAUUUUCUUUCUUUCAUACCGACCGACACAUCAAAACAAUACAAACGUAACCUGAAAUCCAACAAUAACAAAUCCAAACCAUUGCAAUCACAAAUAGCCAGAGCGGUCAGAAGUUUGAAUAGCGAAACGCACACAAAGCUUCAGCAGAAAACCUCCACGGAAACGGAACUAAAAUGGUUUUGAAUGGCAUUUUGCGCGGUCAGGCGUUGAGCGCAUUCUUAAUUGUCGCUCUGGCGUCAUCGCUGACUCUGGUGCACGUGCGGGCACAGGAACCGCGACGUGACGACAAAUGGCCGCCGCCAGCCGUCCUAAAAAUGGCGAAAAUAUUCCACGAUAUAUGCGUUGAAAAAACUGGCGUGUCAGAGGAGGCCAUUAAGGAGUUCAGCGAUGGCCAAAUACACGAAGACGAGGCGCUCAAGUGCUACAUGAACUGUUUGUUCCAUGAAAUCGACGUGGUGGACGAUAACGGCGAUGUGCAUCUGGAAACCCUCUUCAACACUGUACCGGGUACCGUACGCAACCAGCUGAUAAAUAUGGCGAAAGAGUGUGAGCAUCCUGAAGGAGACACGUUGUGUCACAAAGCAUGGUGGUUCCAUCAAUGCUGGAAGAAGGCCGAUCCAGUGCACUACUUCCUACCAUAGAGGUUUCUACAUCUUUAUCAGCUUUAACUAUUAGUUUGAUCUCGAUUUCAAAUGCGUAUUGACUAAACGAUUUGCAGAAAAAAUGGUUGCUUGGAGUUAUAUAACAUUUUGUAGUCUUUUUCAUUUGUUUUAGCGGAAUUUUAGUUUUAUUAAAGCAUUACAGAAAAUCUCAAACCGUUGAAGGUAAAAUA